AUGCUGGUGUCAGCCCACUUCCUGCCGCUGCUGCUGCUGCUCCUAGGGGCCCCCAGGCCAAGCCCAGCCUGUAAAUUGGACAAAGCCGAGUCCAUCUUCCGCUGCAUCAACACAGCCCUGUCUGAGGCCAAAAACGUCCAGCUGAAGGAUGCACCCCUGCUGAGCAAGAGAGGCUCCCCCUACCUGCUCAGCCCAGAUCCAUCCUCAGGAGAGGAAGAGGAGAGGGAGGAGGAGGAAGACGACAAGGACAAAAGGACCUUCCCUGGGGGUGGCAGUGAAGCUGGAAACCCACGGUACAAGUACUUGUCCCCAGCGCAGCCCAGAGGGAGGCUGUCCCAGAACAAGGCCAAGAGUGACCGGCGCUCCAAGCUCACUCUGUCCCUCGAUGUCCCCACUAACAUCAUGAACAUCCUCUUCAACAUCGCCAAGGCCAAGAACUUGAGAGCCAAGGCAGCGGCCAACGCCCAUCUGAUGGCACAGAUCGGGCGGAAGAAGUAGAAGCGAGACCAGCAGAAAGGCAGCCCCUCAGGGACAAGGAUGAGGGAGGCCGGGGUGGAGGGGGAAGGUGUGCCCAACGAACCAGUUUGUAUUUUGUGGACAGUCUAGUUUUACAGGCUGCUUCACUGCUCAACCCCUCUGAUCCUUUCCUGCCUCCAGCCCAGCUCCCUCGUCCUCUGAACAUAUACACAGACGUGCAGUCUUGUCCCACCUUCACCGCUUGGAGGCCGUUAAGGUCUCUCCCUGUGUUCUGUGUGUCCUUUCUCCUUCCCCACACUUCUCCCUGAGGACCCCAUGCCUAAGAAGAGGGUGCUCAGAGCUCCUCUCCUUUCCACACAC